UGGCUUCUAUCUCUCCGAUUCGGUGAUUUCCUCCCAUUUUUGGAGGAUUUUGGGAUUUUUAUAUCAUUGGGUCGAUAAAGAUCUGAUCUUUUUGGUUUCGUUGGAUUCAUGGUUUAAAGUGUAUAAAGGAUUUCCAAGAACCUAAUGAUUUUAGGAUUUUUCUCUCCCGUUUUCGGAGGGUUUUCGGAUUCCAUAGUCGUAGAUCGGCGAAGGUAUGAUUUUCCGUUAUCCAUCCUGUUUGUUUGAUUCCUGUGAUUUGGUCCCUGGUUUGAUAAGGUUUCAAAGAAAUUAGCGGCUUCAGGAUGCUCCUCUCGCCAUUUUGGAGGAUUUGAGAUCCUUUGGCCGCAGAUCAAGAAGGAUUCCAUCUUUCUUGUCAUCUGAACAUUUUGCUGUUAAGGCUCCUAAGAAAUCUAGUAUUUUUGUUCGCAGAAAUGCCGUUUUGCGAAGAUUUAUUUUGGGUUUGAGGGUAUUGGAUUUGUAGUGGUUGAUAGAAUUCGUGGCAUGGAUCUGUGAGUGUUUUCUAUGGGAUGUGUUCAUUUGAAUGCGGUGGAAUUCGAAACCCACCACACACACAGCAUUCGAGGAAGAGGAGGAAGAGGAGGAGGCCAAUAGAGUGCACAGGGAGAGAGAGAGAGGCAUGGGAGAAGAUCUCCUCGCCACUGUCCAUUGAGUACCACAACCCACCCACUCUUAGAAUCGAUCCAUUGAAAGGUGGGAAAAAAAAGGGCGUCGGUAAAAUUAUAAAUAUUCGAUAAAUUUACAAUUUUACCAACUGGACUAGUUGCCCGCCAAGCAUGGGUCCGAUUUAUUUGAGCUAAAACCACGUUAACUCCAAGAAAGGUUCCCCAAUCACGGCCUUUCGAUCUUGGCACGUAAAGAAUCCCCUGUUCCUCCAAUCACACGGUUAGAAUGGAUACUUGGCCUCCAAUCACACGGUUGGUUACCACUGGAUCCCGUUCUCUUCCCUCAUUAAUCCUCUCGAGGCCCUCGCUGGGGUUUUUCGCCCGCUUCCACUGAGAGAGGCAUGGGGCAGCUCCAUCUACUCUCGCUAACCCCUGCGACCGCGGUCGGACUCCUUGGAGCCCGUCGGUCCUCCGUGCUGGACGCAUGGCGCACUUCCGCUGCGCCGGCGGCCGCCACCGCCGUCGCCGCCUCCUUCGGUCCUCUCGGGCGGCGGAGCUUCUUCUCGCACCGGAAGACGGCUCUUUUUGUCGCCCGGCGCGGCCAGUUCUGUUGUAAAGUGGGAAAACCAGAUAUUACAUCAGAGUUGGAGCUUGCAAGACCUGAAGGAAAGAGGGAACCAGACAAACGCGUCAAUGGAAUAUUCUGGAUCCUACUUCUUAACCUUGGCAUUUAUGUGGCAGAUCACUUGUUUCAGCUCCAGGAAAUCAAAACAUUAUAUUUGUACCAUAGCUGGCCUUCUUGGUACCAGUUCGUGACCGCUACUUUCUGCCAUGCUAACUGGCAUCAUCUCUCCAGCAACUUAUUCUUCUUAUACAUAUUUGGAAAGCUUGUUGAAGAGGACGAAGGUAGUCUUGCAUUGUGGAUCUCUUACAUCCUGACGGGUGCUGGAGCAAACUUCAUUUCAUGGUUAGUUCUUCCAAGAUCCGCUGUAUCAGUGGGAGCCUCUGGAGCUGUCUUUGGACUCUUUGCAAUAAGUGUCCUUGUGAAGAUGUCCUGGGACUGGAGGAAGAUUAUUGAGGUUCUUGUCCUCGGUCAAUUUGUCAUUGAUAAGGUUUUGGAAGCAGCACAAGCUUCAACAGGGCUGACUGGAACUUGGGGCACAGGCUAUGGUGCAGUUAAUCAUAUUGCCCAUCUCUCUGGUGCUUUAAUUGGUGCUGCUUUAAUACUGCUCAUCAGCCGUAUUCCUUAUCAACCUUCUGGCCGAGAUAUCAAGGCAGAUAAAAGAACUUGAUUAUGAGUCAAUAUUGUCCAAUAUGUUUACAGUUUCAUUAGAACUUCUAGUUUGCUGGGAUUAAUAUAUAGCUUAUUUUAUCA